AUGGCUAGAGGCAAUCAGAGGGAGCUCGCAAGACAGAAGAAUCUGAAGAAACAGCAGGAGAACGGCAAGAACCAGAAGAAGACGGGAGAUCCGAAGAAACGGAUGGAAUCCGAUGCGGAGAUCUUGAGGAAGAAGCAGGCGGCUGCAGAUGAACGCAAAGAGGCCGAGAGGGCAGCCCAACUAAAGAGUAAGAGAUAG